ACAACAUAGCUUUGAAAUUAAAUAGUUAAGGCUCCCAAAAAAUUAAUAAUUUUUUUUUUGAAAAUUUGGUCAAAAUACAGUUUAUAAGAGGUGAUAAAGACAUGUUGAACUUGGUCAACAAUCACCAACCAUGCUAGUAGCAUAACGUAAUUUGAGGUUACAUACGUUCCUUUACACAGGUCAGUAUAGUUUUAAAUUCCAAAGCAGUCCACACACAUUAAAUUAAUAAAAUAGAUUAAGUGCGAACAACUUGCUGGCAACAAAUUUUCAAGAUUUACAUAAAAAAGUAAAUCAUGACAGGAAAAAACAAGGAUUCCGAACAAGGAAUGGUAGACGACAAUACUCUAACACAUAAAGAAGAAACAGAGAAAGCCACCUAUUCAGAACCUGUCGCGAGAAAGCGAGGAAAAAAAUGUUUGUCUCUUGUAUUAUGUAUAAUUGCAGGUAUAGGAAUGCUUGUGUACAGCUUUUAUUACAAAGAGAGCACAGCGUAUACAGAAUUAAAGGAUAUCACUGAAAAUACUUUAAAAGCAAUUAAAAAUGGCACACUUGUCGUCUAUGUUGAGGAAAAAGAAGAUACGUAUCCAGUGCUGUUCGACGUUGGUGUCGGAUUGCUAUCCUACAUUUUGGCAACGUUGGUCAAUCGUGUUAUUCAGGUAGUGGAAGAGUUUCCCCAUUUUCGAAGUUGUUACAAAAAGAACAUUCGUAAAAUUUAUAGUUCUUGUUCAUGUGGAAUCUCGUUGGGUGGAGUUAUACUGCUUUUGGUGCUAGGUUGUGCGUUCGUGGCUGUUGGUCGAAUUUUGAGCGGAAAGGAACCAGUGCACAUCGAAGAUUUAAUAACUUUCACUUGUGCAAUUGGCGUCUAUCCACUUGUCGCUCAUCUUCUAGGUUUAAAUGCUCUGUCAGAAGCAGAAUUCUCGAAAAUAGUUGAAGAGGAACAACUUUAUCCUGCCUAUACACUGGCGUGGAACUACUAUUUUGAAGUUUUGCAAAAUCUCUUACCCAUAGUCAAUGAAAAAUUUACAGAAGAUUUGCAGAAGAAGCCACGUCGAGAUAACGAAGAUGCAGAAACUGACAAAAGACCAACAGAAUGUAAAGAAUACAUAAACUCAAAAAAACUGAUCCUGAUUGUUCCACACAAUUGCAGAACUCAUCAAAACUUAGAAGAAAUCGAUUCAAACUUUCAAAAACUACGUGAUGUUAAAGGCAAGUCAAAUUUGAAAAAAGGACGUGAUGUUGAUGAUGUUGAAGACAAGGGGUACAGUGUUCCUCUUUAUAAUGUGAUACACGGUAACAAACAAUACAAACUUCUCCUGUUGUAUGUCUCACAACCAUUAAAGACACUUUAUAAGAUGAGCGGUGCUGAACGAGUUAAAUGUUUGACUGAAAAUAAUCUUGAAGAGCAAGUGGAACUUUUUUGUAAUACUUUACAAGAGGAAAUCCUCAGUAAACCAUUGAACGAAGACUUAAAGGAAAAAUGCAUUGUUUUGCCAAUAAAGGCUGACUAUGAAAGAAGUUUGGGAAAUGGAGGGCUUGUUGAAUCGAUCGUAAAGUGCUUAAAACAUGACGAAGAUCCUAGUGGUAGAAAACAUCCUCAACCCUUUUUUGUCCCACCACCACCUCCACAAAAAUUUUCUUCGCCAGCAAAACCUAAAGCAAAAAAGACAUCCCCACUAAAACAAGAUGAAUAUUACCAAGAGACAUCAACAAAUAAUGAAAAAGAACUCCUUGUUCGAUCAAAGAGUGAAAAGAAUUCAAAACAUACGUUACAAAGAAAAUACAAGAAACGCAAGAAGUUAGAACAACAGAAAAAUGUUGCAACUAAAGAAGAUACAAUCACUCCAAAAAAUGAAGUGGGCAACAACAGUGAAAAUCAUUCCUUAAAUGAAGAACAUGCUGAUGAAAAACAUAAACAAACAGAAAAUGUAGAAAGUCGAUCAAGCACUGGCAAGUCUUUGACUUUUUCAACUGAAGCACAAGUUCAUUGUCCAAAACAACCACAAGCCAUUGAGUUCAAUAAUGUUGCCUACGAAGAAGAUGAAGGACGAGUGCUGAUUCAAGCUCAAUACAAAACAACUCAUGAAGAUGAAAAAGAACAACACAAUAAUAUUGACAACAGACAAAAGGCAAACAUUAAAAACAAUGAAAGCAAUGAGAAUGAGAACUCUAAAAAGUACCCCUUGUAUAGAAGGCUCUCUGAAGUUGAAAAAUGAUCGUCGAGUGAGGAAGAAAUUACAGAAGUUUAAGAUCCAUUUAUAGUCUAACAAUAUCAAAGCAACAUUGGUGACAAAAUGCUGAUAAAGUU